AUGCCUUUGCAAGUUCUCCGUGGGAUGCCGUUACCCUGGCGGGUGCUGGACAGCAAUCUUCAGGGUGUCCUCGACAUAGAAGUCCGGGAGAACGAUGUGUUCGUUAUUUCUUACCCUAAAUCAGGUACACACUGGUUACGAAUUAUCACCAGUUGCAUCCUGGGAUGCCCGGAAGAACAAACCGAUACUGGUAUGCCGUUGGAACUGAGCAUGUGCAGUGGCGCGUCAGAGGAGGAGUUACAAACAGCUCCCCCAGUGUACAAGCUGAUCGAAUCUUGGCUUUCUCCGAGGGUGAUCAUGACCCAUCUGCUACCCCAUCUACUGCCUGCUCAGCUCUUUCAGAAAAAAUCACAGGUUUUGUACAUUGCUCGCAACCCUAAGGAUGUAGCGGUGUCGUACUUUCACUUCUUCAAUGCACUGAAGGCGCCAGACCCUUGUCCACCCUGGGAGCAGUUUGUUCCACUCUUCAUGAAGGGAGAAGUUCCAUUUGGAUCCUACUUCACCCAUGUUAAGCAAUACUGGGAGAUGAAACACCACAACAACUUCUUGUUUCUCAAGUAUGAAGAUCUGAAAAAGGAUGAACAAGCUAUCAUCAAACAAGUGGGAACAUUUCUGGGAAAAGAACUAGACACGCAAGACAUCUCAUCUAUCUCCAGCAAAUGUUCAGUUGCGAGCAUGCGCAAAAGGUUCAGUGAAAAACCCCAGGCGGUUUCCUCGAUCAUUGACGAAACAAAAUCGCUGUUCAUGAGAAAAGGGAAAGUUGGCGACUGGCGGGAAUAUCUGACGGCAGAGCAGAGUCAACGUUUCGACCAACUGUAUGAGGAACAUCUUGGCAAUACUGGUCUGACAUUGGAAUUUUAAUUAUAUACUGUCGGACGGCUGCAUUACAUGCAUCGCUACCAUUA